AGUGUUCCUGCCUUGUUUCCUUUUGCACAAAGAAAGGGCAAACGAGUUGGAGCACGAGCUUCUACCUACCUUUACCUUCUAGACCACACCACCAACGAUCCUUGUCGCAUCUCUGCAGUCAUGGCUGACGACGAAUAUGCCUACCUGCAGCCGGAGUUUGAUCCCAGCUCUCUCACUGUGCCCCGCCUGCGCUCUAUCCUGGUUGCCCAUAACGUCGCCUAUCCUUCGUCAGCAAAGAAGUCGGAUCUGAUCGCCAUCUUCAACUCGAACGUCGCUCCUCAGGCAAGAAAGAUACUCAACGUCCAGUCUCGCACUGUGCGCUCAACAAGAGGCAUAGUCGACGUGCCCUCUAGCCAGUCCAGCACCGGCGACAACGACGACGACGACGAGGGAAGUGCCGACGACAACAUUACGGUCACUGCAACUCCAGCAAGACGGACUACUAGGCGCACUGUCAUGCGACCGGCUGCCGAGGACAUUGUUGCGCCAACUCCUCGCUCGACCAGGAAGUCUUUUGCUUCGACAAGUGCUCGCCGUGCUUCUAGCAAGCAUGCCACUGUCGAGCCUGAGCCCACUCCUAGACGUCCCGUCAGGUCUUCUUUCCCGAGCGAACCUCCACAACCCGUCUAUCGCGACCAAGGCGCAGAUUCGCCAUUCUCCAAAGACAACCCUUUCCAGAGUGGAAGCUCUCCGCCGUCGGCUUUUCGUAGCAAGAGUGGAGAUCGAAGACGCACUACGAUCGGCCCUUCAGCUGAUAGAGAGAGAAGAAAAAGCAGGGAUGGCAGACGCAGAACCGAUGGCUUCUACCGCCAGGAGGAAGACGAUACAGCCGUUUCCAGGAUGCCUGUCUCUCGCGUGAAGGUCGAGCCAGAGUAUGAGGAAGAGUACGAUCAGAUGGUUGCUGGCGAGGAAUUUACCCCGGAAGAGCAACAUGAUCUAAUCAAGGCCCAAGAAGAAAACCCACGCACCGCCCUCAGUCGUGUUCCUCGCAAAAGAAGACCGAGGUCCGGCGCUGCCAAAGCCGCUCCCUGGACCAUAUUGCUCACCAUGCUUGUGGGUGUUGCUGCUGUCUGGCGCCAGGAGAAGGUUAAGGUCGGCUUCUGCGGUAUUGGCGAGCCAUCCACAGCCUUGGCUGGUGUGCAGAUCCCCGAGUGGGCUUCGUUCUUGCAGCCAGAAUGUGAGCCGUGUCCCAUGCAUGCUGAAUGCAGGGAGAACCUUCACAUCGUCUGCGAUGACGGAUUUGUGCCUGUUUUACAUCCCCUCGCGCUUGGUGGUCUAGUUCCUGUACCGCCAACUUGCGAACCGGACAGCGAUAAGCUUCGUAAGAUCACAGCCUUGACAAACCAUGCUGUCGAGACUGUUCUUCGCAAGGCCAAUGCUGCAUAUGAGUGCGGCGAGACCAAGACUCCUUAUGUUAGCGAGCCGGACCUCAAGACAACCAUCACGAAGAAGGGUAAAAACAUGAAAGAUAUCUUCGAGUUGAUUGACCAAGCGAUCAAUGAUGUUCCCAAGCGCGACGAGGUCAAAACCAAAGUUGAUUCACAAACCUCUGUCCGCUCCUUCCGCAGCAACUCUCUUGCAGCCGUCUCCUUCAAAUGCGCCCUCAAACGAUCCGUUCGCCUCACGAUUAGACAGCAUCUUCGCGAACUUGUAGGCGCCAUGUUGCUUUGCUUAGCGGCUAUUUAUGGCCAGCGUACAAUCUCAAAAAGCCGCUCGACCUCAACACAGGCGAAGCGUCUGGCAGGUCUGGCUCUCGACAAGCUCGCUGCACAGGCAAGCUUGCACGCUCAAGAUCCCGUCGGUUACCCGGAACCCUUGAUAAGUAUGGUCGCCCUACGAGACGACGUGCUUCGUGAUGAGUUCCGUGCACAAGAACGCAACAGAAUUUGGACGGCUGUGCAGAAAUUGGUUGAGGGUAACGCCAAUGUCAGAACUAUGGUACGCGAGGGCCGCACAGGAGAUGUUAGCAGAAUGUGGGAAUGGAUUGGUGCAGUCUACCGCAUUGAAGCAGGCUCGGCACGCCAGAGCCCAGCAGUCAACGUUCCCAAGACUCGCCGCACUUACUGCAAGGGCAAGGACUGCAAGAAGCACACCCAGCACAAGGUCACCCAGUACAAGGCUGGCAAGGCUUCCCUUUUCGCCCAGGGUAAGCGUCGUUACGACCGUAAGCAGUCGGGUUACGGUGGUCAGACCAAGCCCGUCUUCCACAAGAAGGCCAAGACCACCAAGAAGGUUGUCCUGAGACUGGAGUGCACACAAUGCAAGACCAAGGCACAGCUCGCCCUUAAGCGUUGCAAGCACUUCGAGCUUGGUGGUGACAAGAAGACCAAGGGUGCCGCUCUCGUCUUCUAAGCGCAUUUUGUGUAUUCUGGCAACGUUGCUGGGCUGGUGCUUCUUCAAUGGAAUAUCAUCAUCGUCAACACGGAGUAAGCGAAGGGCUGGGACGAGUCACGCAUUUCGACUUGGGGUUGCUUUUACUCCUUUGGUCCGCCACGGCGAAAUGACAAAAAGUCGGGUGGAAAGAGCGCGAAAAGAAAACGAUUACAAAAAUCAUUGCCUUUCAGCUACAACAGCCUUCGUGCCAACUUCGAUGUCUUCAUGAACCACUUUCUCGAAUUC